GUAGCAAGCUAUUGAUAGAGAGAAACACAAAGGCAUCAAUGAUGAUGGGGAAGUCGUCACCAUCAACGUCGCCGGUGUACGCCGUUGCCGCCGCGCUGCUGCUUGUGUACUUGAUGGUGGCCAUGGGCGCCGGCGUGGUGGAGGCGGCGGUGGUGCCACCGUCGAGGUGCAACCCGACGCUGCUGACGCCGUGCGCGGGGCCGGCGCUGUUUGGGGGGCCGGUGCCGCCGGCAUGCUGUGCACAGCUGCGGGCACAGGCGGCGUGCCUAUGCGCGUACGCACGGAGCCCCAAUUAUGGUAGCUACAUUAGGAGCCCCAACGCUAGGCGUCUCUUCGCCGUCUGCGGCCUUCCCAUGCCGCAGUGCUCUUAGAUCUUAAUUAGCUUGCUUCGAUCACACCCAUGGCUAUGGCUUUGGAGCUCUAGCAUCAUGUGCACAGUGUAAAAUGUUGUGGCAUGAAUAAAAUGGUUGUCAUGUUUAGUUCAGUGAUUCCAUGAUAUCAAUCCCAAGGUACAGUAGUUAAUUACUUUGCUAA